AUGAAAAUGCAAGCUUGGAAAAAUAUUUCAGAGGCGGUUAGCUACGCUGCAGGAAACCAGCGAUCCGUCGAGGAGCUAAGGGUUAAACUUAGCAACCUAAAAUCCUCUGUCAAGAAAGCCUACAACCACUGGAAGAGAUUGAUGGGGGGUACUGGAGGUGGACCACCACCCGCUCCUCUCGAGCAGUGGCAAGAGUUGUUAAUCGAUUUCAUAGGUCAGGAAGCGCUUGAUGGAGUGUUAGGUGGAGUCGAGACACCGACAGGGUUCUCAGAGAUGGCAGCAGACACUUCAAGUUCAAAUAAAGCAUGUGAAUUAGGGGCCCUUACGACUUUAGCCAGCCUAGCAACGGGCAGAAAGAAGAUAUCAUAUGGCAAGGGAGGAAUGAAUGAAGACAGAAAGAUGAAAGGAAGAAUGCAAAGGAAGGGAGUGUUGAAAGAAGGAAUUGAAUGA